GCAGCAUACAUAUUUACGUUUGAAUAUGAAUACACAUACAUCUGACCGAGUCCGGGUUCCGAGUGCCGAGUUCUGAGUUCCGAGUGUUCUUAGUUAGUGUUGGCCAUGGCGAUGGAGAUGGCAGCUCAUUUAUCUAUGUUCUAACUCUCUCUCAGUACUUCAUCAUCAUCAUCUUCUUCUUCUUCUUCCAUAUCUUCACUGACACGGUUUGAAUCCUCUCUUCUCUUUCGAGGGUUUCGAUCUUCAAUAUGGGCGGGAAGACGGAGGAAAACGAAAAGCCCAACUCUGAUUCGUUGCCUAAUGCUUCGGAUAUGGACGCCAGCGGUCAAGUCCAACAACAAUCUCCUUCCUCAACCCCUAACCCCACCCAAUUGUCCGUUCUUGAUGAUGAAGAUGACGCCAAAAACGGUACUGGUGGUGGUCUUAGUGAACCACCACCACCUCAGCCUCAGAACAUGGACGACAACAAAGACAAUGCUAAUAUUGCUUCUACUGAUAUUGAAAUUGAGGGCAAUGGCUUCCAUGCACAAGAUAGCGCCUUAAAUCAUGGAUUCAAUGAUGUUCAGAUGGGUGAGGCUGAGGACUCUGAUUUACCAGAAGAUGGUACACUAGCGCAGCAGGUAGCUUUCAUGAAGGAGCUUGAGACUUUUCACAGAGAGAAUGCCUUGGAAUUCAAAGCCCCCAAGUUUUAUGGAGAACCCCUCAAUUGCCUUAAAUUAUGGAGAGCUGUUAUUAGAUUGGGCGGCUAUGAAGUUGUGACUGCAUCAAAAUUGUGGCGGCAAGUAGGAGAGUCAUUCCAUCCUCCUAAAACAUGCACAACAGUCUCUUGGACAUUCCGCAUAUUUUAUGAAAAGGCCCUUUUAGAAUAUGAAAAGCAUAAAAAGCAAGUUGGUGAACUCCAACUUCCAGCUGGACCCCUUUCCCAGUCUACCAAUGUUGAAAAGGAGGCAAGUAGUUACCAAACUCCUGGAUCAGGUAGGGCACGAAGGGAUGCUGCAGCUCGUGCUAUGCAGGGUUGGCAUGCUCAGCGUCUUCUUGGAUAUGGUGAGGUUGCUGAGCCUAUUGUUAAGGACAAGAACUCAAAUUCUGCAUCAAAGCGUGAAAAAAACCUUAAAAGCAUUGGAUCCCUGAAACACAAGACACCCAAUCUGGAUCAUACGGAGAAAACUUCAGCUGUUGCAGCAGAUAAGCAAGCUGUCGCUACUAUUGUUGAUGUUGGACCUCCAGCUGAUUGGGUGAAGAUUAAUGUGCGAGAAACUAAGGAUUGCUUCGAGGUAUAUGCACUAGUCCCUGGGCUUCUGCGAGAAGAGGUGAGAGUUCAAUCAGAUCCAGCUGGACGUUUGGUCAUAACAGGUCAACCAGAACAGCUUGACAAUCCUUGGGGUAUUACACCAUUUCAGAAGGUGGUAAGCUUACCAGCGAGAAUCGAUCCACUCCACACAUCUGCCGUUGUUAGUCUGCAUGGCCGGCUAUUUGUUCGUGUACCUUUCGAACAAGGAUCAGUUUGAGCCUCUCUCCUUUUAGUUUCAUAGGUUAGUCAGUCGAUUUUUCAGGGUUCUUGGAAGAAAGUAAGAAAUCAAGGAUGAGGUCCAAGCCUCCAUAUCUCUAACUGAGCUAAUGUUUUCAAUGUUCAUCAAUUGUAAAAAUGAUUCAAAUUGCCCUGUUGUUCACUUCAAAAAUACUCAUUUUAUGCAAAUCAUGGAUGACCUUUUCCAUUCUCUCAU